CUCCUUCAGUGAGGACUCACCUUUCAACAGUUCAAGUGGAGUUUUGAUUGUAUCUCAUGGAGGGCAUGGUCACCCGUGGACUGUGGAUGGUCGUCUUUCUCUUGGGAUGUGGGCGACUGUCUGCGUUCAACCUGGACCCCGACAAUGUCGUGCGAAAGAACGGAGAUCCAGGCAGUUUAUUCGGCUUCUCUCUCGCCAUGCACCGGCAGCUUGAUCCGAUUGAUAAGAGAAUGCUGCUGGUUGGUGCCCCGAUGGCGAAACGCUUGAGCCGUCAAAUAUCUGAAAGGCCAGGAGGACUGUACGACUGUGACAUCACCUCACCCUCUCCUACUUGCAACAGAGUUGAUUUUGAUAACAGUGAGAAUCCAAAAAUAGAAAGCAAACAUAACCAGUGGAUGGGAGUGACAGUCAGCAGUCAGGGGCCAGGAGGAAAGGUUUUGACCUGUGCCCAUCGCUACCAGCGUCGGGCCAAUGUGAAUACAGCUAUUGAGUCCCGUGAUAUUAUUGGCCGCUGCACCGUGCUGAGUCAGUCCUUGACCAUAGAUCCCUACUCGGGUGAAGAGGGAGAUAGCUGGCAUUUCUGCGACCAGAGGCCCAGAGGUCACGAGAUGUUUGGCUCCUGCCAGCAGGGCAUCUCGGCCACAUUUGACAAGAACUACCACUACCUCAUCUUUGGGGCUCCUGGAGCAUACAACUGGAAAGGUAUUGUACGCUUGGAACAAAAGAAUGAAUCCUUCCUGGAGCAGGGCAUCUUUGACGACGGUCCUUUUGAGGUGGGAGAUGAGACUGAAAAGAAUCCUGAUUUGGUCCCGGCUCCUCCCAACAGCUACCUUGGUUUCUCUCUGGACUCAGGGAAUAGUCUGACCAAGAAGGGCCAGCUGACAGUGGUGGCGGGAGCUCCCAGAGCGAACCAUAGCGGAGCAGUGGUUCUGCUGAAGACAGCCGGCGAAACAAGUCGCAGAUUGGUAGAUGAGUACACCCUGGAGGGGGAAGGGCUGUCCUCGUCUUUUGGCUACGAUCUGACUGUGCUGGAUCUCAAUGCGGAUGGUUGGCAGGACAUUGUGGUGGGAGCACCUCAGUACUUUGAGAAGGAGGGGGAAAUCGGAGGAGCCGUCUACGUGUUUCUCAACAAAGCUGGAAAGUGGAACACAGUCAAGCCCACCAAGCUAUAUGGGCCCAAGGAUUCUAUGUUCGGCCUGGCUGUGCAAAACCUGGGAGACAUCAAUCAGGAUGGUUUCGAUGAUUUUGCAGUGGGAGCUCCUUAUGACAAAGAUGGUGCAGGGGCUGUUUACAUCUACCACGGUGCAAAAACAGCCACAGGUCUCAAGUCUGAAAAAGCUGCACAGAUUCUGCAAGGCAAAGGUUUAGGAGUGGAGCAGUUUGGCUACUCUUUGGCAGGCAACAUGGACCUGGAUAGGAACACCUACCCUGACCUGGCUGUUGGAUCCCUCUCUGAUGCUGUCUUUGUCUUCAGAGCCCGUCCAGUUAUUAACAUUCAGAAGGAAAUCAAGUUCACACCGAAUGAAAUUGACCUCAGCAACAAGAACUGUGGCGACAACUUCUGCUUGACAGUUGAGGCAUGCUUAACCUACACUGCCCGCCCCAAGAGCUACGCUCCCAAACUGACGGUGGAGUACUCCCUCGAGGCGGAUGCUGAUUACGGGCAGAGAGGUGUUAGUACCAGGGCGACCUUCUCCGAUUCUUCUGGUCCUACCUCCAGAGGGACCGUCACUAUAAGCAGCAAAGGAAAGAAACAGUGCAUUACUCGUGAGCUCAUGAUAAAGACAGAUAUUCGAGACAAGCUGCACGGGAUCCCCAUCGAUGUGUCUGUGAACAUCCAGGAUGCCAAGCGUAAACGCAGACAGAGCUCAUCUGAACUGCAACCUGUCCUGGAUGCCAAUGAGUCACCGAAAUUUCGCUCAGAGGUGAAUUUCCUGAAGGAAGGUUGCGGCAGCGACAAAGUUUGCCAGAGCAAUCUGCAGGUGAAAUAUCGCUAUGGCUACAGGACAACUGAUGAAGACACGUUCACUCCAUUAGAGCUGGAGGGUGACGUGCCAGUGAUCUCGCUCAGCAACCAGAAAGACAUCGCCUUGGAGAUCAAAGUGUCCAAUCUAAAUGCAGAUGAUGCACAUGAAGCCUCUUUGACCGCCUCCUUCCCACAGUCUGUUACCUACGCCGCUUACCGCGUUCCAGCUAAUGAGGGGCCUGUAAACUGUAAAGCCAAUAACAACGGUUCUAUGGCUAACUGUGACCUUGGAAACCCGUUCAGAGCUAACUCAGAGACGACCUUCUAUAUUAUUGUGAGUAUAUCAGGCAUCUCUGGCGACACCAAUGAGUUGGAGAUUGAUCUUCAGCUAGAAACGACGAGCGUUCAGAAAAUACCUCCUGUUAAAGCAAAGGCAAAGGUGGCCGUCAUGUUGCAGCUGUCUAUAUCAGGAAACGCCCAGCCAUCUCAGGUCUACUUUGGAGGAGAGGUCAAAGGUGAGUCGGCCAUGAAGACUGAAAAUGACAUCGGCAGUCCCAUCACACACCAGUUCAGAAUAAUCAAUCUGGGAAAAAAAAUGAAAGGCUCUGACACCGCCACCCUCAACAUCGACUGGCCAAAAGUGAGUGAUCAGGGGCAUUGGCUGCUCUACCUGAUGAAGAUCAGCGCCACUGGAGUGGAACAGAUGGAGUGCACUCCUAAAUCAGAGAUCAACCCUCUGGACAAGCAACCAACUAACACAAGGACAAGAAGAGCAGCAGGAAAACUCCUGGAAAGAGACGAGGGCACACUUUCACGUCUACUUGCCUCGAAGAAUUCUAUAACUCUGUCCUGUGGCAGUGGGGCAAAAUGUGUGAGGAUAACAUGCCCCCUGCGGGGCAUGGACAGUAAUGCAGUCAUCACUAUCAACUCUCGCCUCUGGAACAGCACCUUCUUAGAGUAUUAUCCAAAGCUGCAUCAUGUGGAGGUGAUAAUGGGGGCCUCUCUGCAUGUUGAUAGCACAGCACAGAACAUAGUGCUGCAAAAUGCUGAGACACAGGUGAAACUGACGGUGUUCCCAGAGAGGCGUGCAGCCUCGUAUGGAGGAGGAGUGCCCUGGUGGAUCAUCGUGCUGUCUAUCCUGUUUGGGCUGAUGCUGUUGGCCCUGUUGGCUUUCCUUCUGUGGAAGUGUGGCUUUUUUAAGCGUGCCAAAUAUGAAGACAAGGUUCCCAGUUACAACGCUGUUCGGAUCAAACGCGAGGAGAGAGCAGUCAACCCUGGGAAUGGUAACUGGGAAAACCUGGAAAAGAAACCCUGGAUGACAACCUGGCAUGACAAAGAACAUUAUUCUUAACAGCCAAUGAGAUCCGACUCCACACCGAUUCCCUGUCGCUUACUGAUGAGCUCCCAAAUUGACUGAUUAUUUCCUGCCUUGUGUUUGCACAGCAUGGACUGUAAAUAUCAAGAAACAAAGAAAAUCAUUUGUUAAAAAAAAGAUGAAAAAGGACUAAAUUCUAGAUCAAAACUGCUUUAGGCUGAAUUGAUCUCGGAUUAAGUCUGUAUGAAUCACUGGAAGAAGAGUUGUAGUGUGGGAGAUGGUCCUGCACAGCUACUGUCUGUCAGAGCUUUGGAACUUGUUUUGUACAUUUACUACAUUCACAGUGUUGACUGGGGGAGGGAGGGUAGGUAUGUUUUUAGAUUUUUUGUACAUUUUUUGAAUGGUUUUGCAGAAUUGUUUUGUAUUUAUUCUUUGUGAGGAGUACUUUGUUACAUGCCCUACAGGCCAAAGAGUCAUGCAAUGCAUACAUAGGCGACUUUUUUUCAAACUUUCCCUAAGGUGAUUUGUUUCUUCCCCCCAAUUUAAAAGCCCAUGUUUUAGCAUUUCUAUUGUACAUCUGCCUUAACUAUUGAUCAAUCAGCAUUUUUCAUGCUCAAGAUGCCUCAGGUUGUUCAUUAUAGAGGAAGUGCAACUUAAAUUACAGUCGUGUAGCUCUUGGUUUUUAGAACUACGACCUCUAAAGCCUCUGCAGAAUUCACCUUUUAUUCCCUGGCUGUAAAAUAAGAAAAAAAUGAGAGCAAACAAAGUUUUUGAAUAAAAUUUUUAAAUGUCAUA